UUUGUUAAAGUGAUGUUUUUACAAUUAAAACAUUAAAUAAUGAUAAAUAAUUGCAUUAAAUAUUCACACAUGUAUAUGUUCUUACAUAUGGCAGAUGAUUGCCUAUUUUGGUGCUUCAAAUACGGUGCGGCCUAAACUGACAAUACACUUUAAUUACUUUUUAGGUCUUUGAAAUGCAAUUAAAGUGAAAAAAAAUUACUCUAACUAAAACUCGUCCACAUUCGCAUCCUAUGACCUCAUUAGUUUUUUCCCCGAAAUAAUACUAGUAGUUAAAUUCAUACGGAGUAAUAUUUAAUUUAAUAUUUAAUGAAUAAAUACAUUUUUUAUGGACUAAGAUGCCCUUAAAUGGAUAUUAUAAAACACUAACUUCCUACUCAUUUCUUAAAACAUCUAGUCAUUAAAUUAGCCCGCCGUCGCAGCAUCUGUCUCCCCCAUCGCCGUGGCCGUCCCCACGCGUCGCCGCAGUCCCCAUGCCCUUUUGCCGCAGGCCGUCCACAUGCCUGCGCUGCCGCUGUCUCCAUGUUUACCGGACGCAGCCGUUCCCGGCCAUGCCGCGGUGCUGUUGUUGUCCCAAAGCCCGUGCGUCCGCAGCUGCACCCAUUGUCACGCUCCAAACCGCACCUAGACCGUGUACAACUGUCGUACAAUCAAGUGAUGUCAUCCACGAGUCACACUCACUCGAUUGUGCAAGGCGCCCAUGAACAUUGUUCAUACCAUACAUAGUACGUAAACAUACAUAACAACAUCAGUAUUUAGAUUGAAUGAAUAGAGGAAAUAUUCAAUCAUGGGCCACAUAUGGCAAAAUGUGGGAUCGCAGGCUCAAAACAAAGUAUGCAUUACAAAAUAUAAAGUAGGAAAGAGAGUGUAUUAAGAAGAGUAAAGUAAUGAUAAAGUAGAAAAAAGAAAGUAGUUUGUAAAAAGUAAGUGGGGUAAAAAUAAUAAAAGUGGGAGUAUUUUCUCAAAAACUUUCCUUAAAUGGAAAGGAGGGCAAAUAAAAAAAAUAGACCAAAUUGGAAUGGAGGACUAUUAAUAAAGAAUAGAGGGAGUAUAUAUACUAAUAACAUUUUUUUGAGGUUGGGCCUUGGCCCUACCUGGCUUAUAUGCCACAUCCGCCCUGCAUAUAGGUGUACGUAAAAGGUGGGGGAGUGUGGCUGUGUAUAUAUGUAUGCUAUCCGCUCAUCUGUUGAUGCAUCCAUCUAUUGAUCUUCCCUCAUAACACAUACAUACCCGUCAACUUCAAUUCAUCAACCAAAAAUGAGAAGUCGUCUUUUGACUCUCAUCACUACCCUGGCAUUUCUCAUACAUCCCACAUACCCUCAACCACGACCCCCAACAUGGGAUUCAAUGAUGUUAGCAUUGACAUGGUCACCUGGCUACUGCUCAGCAAACAAAGACACCUGUGAUCCACAGAGAAUCAAACCCGACUUUACAAUCCAUGAUCUAUGGCCAUACAGUGAGUGUGGAUCAAUGUUCGUGGAUCCUAAUGCUUCGUUGUUCGAUAUGGUAACCAUUAUAUAUAUACUUCGUAUAUAUAUAUUUAUUGGUGUUAUUAUUGUUGUUAAUGUAGGUAUUACACUUAAUUAAGUUUUUUAUUCAAUAUAUGAAUUUUAACAACAUGUUCAUAAUUUAUUGAAUUGAAGGAGAUUAUUUUGGAGGACGGGCAGCUGAUCAACGAGCUAGAUCUCUAUUGGGUGAAUUAUGAAAAGGGGGAGACUAACUUGUGUCUGUGGAGGCACAAAUGGAAUGAACAUGGUCGCUACGCAGCCUCUUUGCUAGGCGAAAAGCAGUACUUUGAGAAGACCAUUUAACGUAACCCUUUCAUGCCUACAAUAUGACUGACGUUCUCAUAAGAAGUUUUAUUUCAGUAGGGAUGGUUUAUGGGAUUGAAAAGGUAAGAGGUAAAUAAUUUAUGCUUUAAUAGGUAAGAGGUAAAACAUACGAGACUUUUGAAUCUGUGUGUUCUCUGGUAUAUAUCAUUCUUGUUUUAUUAAAACCAAAUUUACUCAUUUAUUUAGUAGGCAUAAACCUUCCCUGCUGAAAUAAAACUUCUCAUGAGAAUGUCAGUCAUAUUGUACGCAUGAAAGAGUUGAAGAACUUCUCAAAGUACUCCUUUUCGCGUAGCAAAGAGGCGGCAUAGCGACGAUGUUCAUUCCACUCGUGCCUCCAGAGACCCAAGUUAGUCUUCCCGUUUUCAUAAUUCACCCAAUAGAGAUCUAGCUCAUUGGUUAGCUACCGGUCUGUCAAAAUAAUCCCCUUCAAUUCAAUAAAUUAUGAACUCUUUGUUAAAAUUCAUAUAUUGAAUAAAAAAUUUAAUUAAGUGUAAUACCUACAUUAACAACAAUAAUAACACCAAUAUGGAUCCAUAUCAAACAAAGGAGCAUUAGGAUCCAUGAACAUAGAUCCGCGUUCACUGUAUGGCCAUAUGCCAUGGAUUGUAUAGUCAGAUCUGAUUUUCAGUGGAUCACAGGUUUCUUUGUUUGUUGAGCAGUAACCGGGUGACCAUGUCACCGCUAACAUCAUUGAGUCCCAUGUUGGGGGUCAUGGUUGAGGGUAUGUGGGAUGUAGGAGAAAUGCGAGAGUGAUGAGAGUCAAAACUCAAAAGACUUCUCAUUUUUAAUUGAUGAAGCUGCCGGCGUAUGUAAGUGUUAUGUGAGAAGAUGAGAAGAUCGAUAGACGAUGGAUGGAUAACAGAUGAGCGAAUAGCAUAUAUAUAUACAUAGUCACACUCCCCCCACCUUUUACAUACACCUAUAUGUCUAUAGGCAAUACAAGCCAUGUCACGUACGUAAGUGGAUAGUUUAUGGUACACAUGCGUGGAUCCAGACAGUUAUAAUGAGGUGGGCUGAGGGAAAAAUUAGAAAGACACAUACAUAAAUACAUAAUAAUACGUCAAGUCAUCAACACUUUAAAUAUUCAUCAAAACAUCACUUAAGUUGUGCGCUACGUGACUUCAAAGUAUAAAAUUUAUCAAUAAUAGAAUCUACAUCUAUGUUGUUGACAAAAUCUCUUUUAAGAGAAUCCAUUCUAAAAACAUUUUCAAUAUUGAUAUGAAUUAAAAUACUUCUAUAGAAAUAUAAAUUAUGAAGUAAAAAGAAAAACGAAUUGUUGUACAUAAAACUAGUAAGUAUUUCCAAUUUCAAAAUUUAAUUGAAAGUUUCAAUUUCUUCUUACAUGCCCAUACAAUAAAUAUAUAAAUCAUUCUCUUCAAUUGUAUAAUCAAUAAAUCAUUCUAUAAGAUUUAAAUUUCCAUCUUUAAUCAUUAUAAAUCUAUAAUGAAUUUUGCCCUAUUUUAUUAGAGUUUUGCUAGAGGUACACAAAAUGUGUACACAUGUCUGUCCUUCACAGAAAUUUUGUCUGUCACAGAAAUUAUGUUGUCUGUGACAUACAAAAUUUCCGUGAAAGAAGACAUGUGUACACAUUUUGUGUACCUCAAACAUUUUUGAUUUUAUUAUGCACUGAAAAAUUCAACUAAUCAUUAAAUUGAUUAACUAAGGGACUAACCCUAACACUCUAAAGGCUAAAAAUAAUAAAAGUUAACAGUCUUAACACAAUCACAAAAUAAUACAAUAAGAUUUUAAAUAAAAAAACUCACCUGCGCCAGAGCUUGAGGAAGAGCCGAGAGGCGGGAGAGGAAGGACGCCGGAGUCUGGACGGCCGACGACGUAGCGGCGUGCACGGGGGCGGAGGGUCGCAGGUCACAAGUUGGACCGCCGGUCGUCGCAAGCUGCCAAGCUCUUGGUUUUCGAUUUUCUUUCUUCCGUUCGGCCAGUUGAAGCGCAGGUAAGUUAUAAAGUUAGUUGGGCUGAGCUGUGGGCCGGGAAUUGAUUUUGGGGUGGGCUGACAACAUAACCCAUACCUAUACUAAUAAAACUAAAAUAAUAUAGGCUCGGCUGACGCCCACCCCUGCCCUCACAGAGUCACAGCCACUGUAAUUGGUACACUAUUUAGGUCUUUGAGAUGCAAUAAUUAGGCUUCCCGCAAACCUAAGGGUGAAAAGCCAAAUUUGAUGCUUUCACUCCCAGAUUUGCUGCAAUCCACGUAUUGAGAGGUAUCAAAACUCGUUAGAUAGCACGGACCAAGUGGGAAUUCCGCUUCUUAUUCACGAGAGAGAAGUGUGCUGCAGUUCGGUAAUGGCUUUACAAGAAAUGUGGGAUUAGUAAAUUAAAA